UUUCUGGAUUUAAAUUCCAUUAAUUAUAUUUUUUUAAUUUAUUUCAUUCAAAAAAAAUUUUUAGCUUUUUUUAUAAAAUACAAGAGGUUUUUCUCUGCCGUCUCUUAUUUUUCAGUACUAUUUUCUUUUUCUCUAACCUUUUUUUUUCUUUAGAUUUUCUUUUUCAAAAAAAAAUUUAUUUUUUCUCGGAAAAAUGUUUAUUAAAUUAAAUAAACAAAUAAUUAAAACAACUUUUCGUCAUUUUCAAACAAAGUCGGCAUCAUCAACAGGAAUAAUUUCAAUUGGAAAAAAUAAUAUGGAAUGCUUUAAGAAUAAUUCUUUUGUUGUUGGAAAGGCUUUAAAUAAUUAUGUUUUUGAACAAAAAAGAUUUGUUGUGCAUGAUCCAUUAACCAAAAGGAUUGUUGAAGACCGUAUAAUGCUUGUUCUAAAUCUCUUUGAUAAAAUCGACAAUGAUAAGUUGACUUUGGAUUCUGAUUUUUUUAAAGAUCUUGGACUUGAUUCGCUCGACUUUGUUGAGGUAAUUAUAGCACUUGAGGAUGAAUUUGACUUUGAAAUUCCGGAUGGUGAUUCUGAUAGAAUGAAGACACCAAGGGAUAUUUACAAAUAUAUUUGUGAAAAAUACGAUAUUUAUUGA